AUGAUUGCCACAAACAUGAACCAACCGUCCUGGGAAUCCUUUUCUUCGACUUGCUCACGUCUUGAAUGCUCUACCACUUCGCAGGACAGCUGUUAUGCAUCGGACGAGGUCUCUAUGACCUCGACCAACUUGAUUGCAACAAAGACACUGACUACUGCCUUGACGGCCCCGUUUCGUCCCAUCUUGAAAUCCAUCUUGAAGAGACCAUGCGCCCAACCCGAAGAGGGAUCGGAGUCGGGCUAUGGAUCUCAUGAAAUGUCUGAUGGUGAAUGCAUUAAUGCAUCCGACUUAUCAUCUGAAAGUGAGGAUGACGAUGUUCUCAUGGAUGGAUGCGAUGAUGAAAGUGACGAUGAAAUGUACUACGAAACCGCAUGGGAGGAUGACACUGAUGAGUCUGUCUCUGAUGGAUCUGACAUUGUGUUCGGAUAUGAUGAGGACGAAGCUGACUCGCUCGAAUGUUCCUUUGUCUCUUUUGAGUCGACCGGCGUUCGGUUUGCUCCGGAAGUCUCUUAUAUCGAGGCUCCGUAUUACUCCGACGCCGAUGACGAAGACGAUGAGCCCCAGACCGGAAUGACAUGCCAUGAAAUGAUGGAGCUUGCCCGUGCUUCUGGGAGACUCCAUUUCGCGGAGAGCGACUCGUCUGAUGUUGACAUGGACGACGAGGAUCUUGAUGAAGAUCAAAUUUCUGAUCAUAUCAAAGAAUUGCCAGAAGAGCAUCCCAGCGAUGUGGCUGACCUGGAUAAGCGCCUAUUCGCGGCCUACAUGCAUGGCAUCCAAGGGAUCGCCGACCCUGAUUACAAGGCGCGCCUUCGUGCGCGAACCAAAGAAGUCAAAGCGGGGCGCACUCAGUCGCCAUACCUGGAUUCGCAAGACCCCGAUUAUAUCUACAUCGACCAGGCUCUAAACCAUGUCAUCGGAAGCUUUCACAACCUCGUCACUGAAGAGGAACUAGACGAACUUGUCACAAUCAACGACACAAAGGGGCUUUCAUUGCGGCGACCUGGGGCCGUGGAAAGCCUUGAUCGUUAUUUGAUGGGCAAGAUAGAGGGCUUCCUCUCAGAAAGGCUGGCCACCGACGAGGUCCUCAUCAGCCCCGAGGAGCUGAGCUUCUUCGCGGGCGGUGUUGGCUUUGCACUUGACCAUUGGAGGCCUUACGUCUGCCAUUGA